GCAGGAGGUGUGCGGAGCGCCAAACCCAAACUUUUUACGCACCGUGCCGUCGCUUCACCUUCACCUUCCUCUUCCCCUCUCGCGGAUUAACACCUGAGCAUCACCCGCUGCAGCCGUUUCCCCCUGUUUGCACCAGAUUACAAUGGAUUAACAUUUUCUCGGGAGCCAUGCUCACAUUCUCGGUUCAUCUUGGGUCGAGCCGCCGAGACCUCGCAGGGAACCGAUCCGACUUGGAUGCCCUCCAUUCCCGUUUCCGCAUUCCCGCAGCCGCCGUGCGCACUGCAGGCGCGGAGCUCAGAUCCAUGAUCUCAACAGAAAAAACCGGUUCCUCCGGCUAAUCUACCCAACUAUUGCUGGCGGUGCAUUAUGUUUCCAGCCAGAGGAAGAGAGGGAACCCGGAGGACUGAACGGCUGGUCACUGUGGGCUGUAAAAGGCCGUUUUCAGCGGACUGAGAAUCCUGAACCGCGUCUUAUUGAUCGGUGAACCGAUCAAACCUGGAAUAACCCCUCCGCCGCGCUCCUUCAUGUCCCGGGAUGGAGAGUUGCUGUCGCUCCUGUAUGCCGUGUUUAAGCCGGCUCUGGGACUGCAUUUGGCCGGACUUCCGCUACCCAACCGUCCCCAACAACAACCAUGUCAUCGCCAACCCUGCCGCGCAGGCGGCGGAGAUCCGCACCGUGUCCGGCGACAUCCGCGUCCCGUCGCCCAAGAAGCGGCCGGUGCAGCUUUACGCGGCGCUCUUCGACUUCGAGGCCCGCAGCGACGACGAGCUGACGGUGAAGGAGGGGGACAAGCUGUCGGUGAUCGAGAAGCGGGGGGAGUACGUGCUGGCCAAGAAGCUGACCGGGUCUCUGGAGUCCGGACUGAUCCCGGCGAACUACGUGGCUCUGCUGCAGGACGAGUUCGCCAAACACAAGUGGUACUAUGGGAACAUAAACCGUGUGAAAGCUGAGAAGCUGCUGCUGGCUUCCCAAAACAAAGAUGGCUCCUUCCUGGUUCGCAUCAGUGAGAGUCACAGUGACGAGUACACAAUCUCUGUGGAGGCACGGGAGCUGUACGACAUGGAGCCGUGGGAGAGGCCUCGAGAAGAGUUCAGGCUCCACAAGAAACUGGGAGAGGGACACUUUGGAGAGGUGUGGGAGGCUCUGUGGACCACAGAGAACAAGAAGGUGGCCAUAAAGACGCUGAAACAAGAGGACACGAAGCAGGACGAGUUUGUGAAGGAGGUUCAGGCCUUGAAGAGUCUCCAUCACCCGAAGCUGAUCCAGCUGUUGGCCAUGUGCUCCAGAGGAGAGCCGGUCUACAUCGUGACCGAACUCAUGACUAAAGGAAGCCUCAAGUCCUACCUCGCCUCUGCUGAAGGCCAGGUGCUGACAUCAGCUCAUCUGAUCUACAUGGGCAGUCAGAUUGCGGAGGGCAUGGCCUACCUGGAGGACAGGAACAUCGUCCACAGAGACCUGGCUGCCAGAAACAUCCUGGUGGGAGACGAUCUGGUCUGCAAGGUGGCCGACUUCGGACUGGCUCGAAUUAUUAAGGACAGUGUGUAUACAGCCAGUCGAAACACAAAGAUCCCGGUGAGGUGGACGGCACCUGAAGCAGCAAUCUACCAGCGGUUCUCAGUAAAAUCAGAUGUGUGGUCAUUUGGGGUCCUGCUGUAUGAGAUGAUGUCACGUGGCAAGAUGCCUUAUGAAGGAAAAAGCAACAAGGAAGUGUUGGAUCUGCUGUCGUCAGGGUUUCGGCUGCCCUGUCCAACCCGCUGUCCUCAGAAUAUUUACCGCAUCAUGAUGGACUGCUGGGCCGCUGAGCCCUCUAAGAGACCCUCAUUCCACGCCCUACACAGCCAGUUGGAUUCAAUAUAUGCCAGGAUAUAUUUCAAGACUAUAGAGGUAUAGAAAGAGGAAGACGAGGACAGUGAGAGCAUCUGCAACUGGCAACAGGAUGGACUGCAACUAUGAAAAAGGAAGGAAAGGGGGGGGAUGAGAAACAGCAAGCAGUAUUCUCCUCCCCUAUGCACAACAGGGUAUAUGUACUUUAAAAACACCAAGGUGUGAAAGGACAGAGGGAGGAGAGCAUCAGAAGUGGACAAACAGGAGUAAUAGUUCAAGAUGGAGAAGAUGCUUGCCAAAUCAAAGAGGAACAAUGAGGAAUCCUUCAUUUCUGACGCUAAACAAAACAAGACGGACAAAUGAGAGACUGAACAUAGCCUGAGACAGGUGUGUAAAUACACUCCUAUCUAAAGAAACUGAACACUGAAACCCUCGGCACAUUCACAGAACCAACUGUUUUUAAUUUUAUACCCUUUUGUGUUUUAUAAAUAAUAUUUUAUUACUUCUGUAUGUGCCAUGUCUGUGGAUGCACACUUUGAAAUGUUAUGAAAUCACAGGUCAGGACUCAAGUUAAUCACCUGUCUUCUGACUGCAGAGCCUGUGCUACAAUCGAGGUUAUGUGCAAUAAUUAAGAGCUUGCUGGGUUUUAGCCAUGCUAGCAGCCCCUGUGCUGGAGAGGCUGGUGACGGUCCAACACUUUGGUCAAUAUACAGUGAAAUAUCUCGACACAGAUUGAACUGAUUGCCAUGAUAUUUGGUACAGAUCAUCAGGUUCCCCAAAUGAUGAAUCUUCACAACUUCAGUGAUCUCAUGAGUUUUUAAUCAUGCGCCACCAUCAAGUCAAAAUUUCCUCAUCCAACAUUUUAGUUUUUUAGGUACAGUAUCUUAUUAUAAACGAUAUCCCCUCAGCUUCAGCUGCGCUUUAAAAUAAAAGGACAGGACAGACCAAAGGUAUCACUUAAUUUACAGUAACCAAGAACUCUUUCAUUGUGCAUAUGGCAUGCGUGGAGUAUAACAGACUUUUAAAAAUCUGAAUUUACCCUGUAAGAAUAGUUUUGGGAUGUACUUUCUUUGCUCUCUUCAGCCCCAUUUGCACAAGACUAGUAUUACGUGGGGACCUCAUGUGAUUUGAUGUCUGUGUUUCAUGUGGCUCAUUCACAUAAGAUAAGCAAAGAAUGUACUUGAUGUAUGUAUUUGAUAUAUGAUGCUUGAUGCGCCCAGUCAUUAGUAACUUCACUCUAAACUGUACAUAACCACUCGUCACAUGUUUCAUGACUUUGCUGUUCUAAAGGAUUUGAACUUGAUUUUUCUGCAAAUGGGUCUCCAUGUUGCGCAAUGGGAUUCAAAAUGCUGCUAAAACUUUUAUUUUUAACUGCCAGCGAAACCUCCAUAUUCCUCAGCCGCGAAAAAGGCAGGUGGAGGCACCGUAAAAACCUAAAAACACAAAACCUAAACACGACCCCAAAUCACAGAGAUGCCGAUCAGCACGGGACUAAUAUUAUCACACGACCUCUGUGUCUGUCAUUUGCGGUGGAGUUUUACUGAACAAAUUAUGUACAUGGCAGAUUUGCACGGGAUUAAGAUCAAAGAUGACCUCCGCCAUAAUUACAAAUUACCAGAGGUCCCCAGAUAAAACUAGUCCUGGGCGAAUAGGGCUUUACAGAAAGUUACAGUAGAUAAUAAAACUGAUACUACAAUCGUGUUUCUACAUGAACUAAGAUCCAAUUAUUAUAUCCCUUUCAAGUGUAUUUGCCAAAAAAGUUGAACUAUUGGCUUAAAUGCCGAUAAGAAUGCAAAAAUAGAUGCAUGUUACCAUGCUAACAGUGGCAUGUUAGCUUGUGAAUUAAAGAUAUACUAUGCAGGAUUUUCCUAUAAAAUAAUCUAUAGACCCAUACAUACAGAAGUAAGCCCUCUCAAUCUUUACUUUUGACCCACUAAAAGUGUGUGGCGAUGUAUUAUUAUUUUAUCUGCAGAGACUCUGCCCUCUGCCUGGAUUUUCUUAUCUUCUGAGUACAGGACGUUUAAGAGUGUGAGGCUCGGGCCUCAUAUAAAGGUCACAACCAGGUGCUAGACUGCAAGUAGCACGCAGCCAAGAGACGCAGCGCCAAAAAAAUGCAAAUAUAAUGAGGCUGAAUGCCAAACAAGAGUGAAUCUGGGGUUCACAUCUGCUUUCCAGUUUGCUGGUGAAUGUGGUUACAAACAGUAACUGACAAUCCUGCAUAGCAUACCUCUAACAUACAUGCUAAACUCCAGCAGUUUAGUGACCUAUCAACCUGGCAAACAUUAGCACUUAGCAUGUUUAGCAUGUCAUGACUUAGGUCAAAGCACAGCUGAGUCUGAUGUCCUGAAAUGGCCACUGUUCAGAGGAUAAUCUGUCCUUUCCUCUGGGACAAAGUAGGCAUUUUACACCCUGUUAGAUGUAAAGAUAGAAGUCAAACUUUUCUCUGUUUUUCAUCAUCCAACAGUUUUGUUUUUGGCCACAUGCGGCCUCUAGUGUGGCUACACUGUUUUAGUCUUAUUAUUAACCACAAGCAUUAAGUAUUUUAUUCCGCCUUCCUUCUGUUGCAGGAAUUUGUGAAGGAUUUGGCAACAUGUUACAUAUGUACAUUUCUUGAGAAUAGUGUGGGAAUUGUUUUUAUCCUCCUGUGAUACAUUUUUGGGGGCUGACCCAGUGCUUGAAAAGCCAGCGGGCCAUAGAGCCAUGUGUACAGGCUUUAAGUUAUUAACCUCUUUUAGAGGCUCACAGUAAUGGCCAGUUACAACUAGAGUGCCUAUGUUUACACCACAGACUGUCCACACACUAAACUGCAACCUAUGGACAGUUAAGAACUACAAAAAUGAAGAGCCUACGGUAAAAAGACCUGCACAGUGAAUCAGCCAUAUUCAGAAGGCUCUUUUUUGGGGGGUGGAUUGUUGGAUUUCUGCACCACAAAAUUGUACAACAAUGUUGCAAUGCAAUGCAAUUUGAGAACAAUGCAACUUUUGUCUUUUAUGCAUGACAAUAAAUGGCAGACGGAGCCAAGUUCAGGAAACUUUAGCCAUAACCACCAAAUCACAAGAUUGAGUUGUAUGUUUUAGGCUGAGUGCCAUCAGGUACCAAACACCAGUAGUGCACAGAAUAAAAUAUUUU